ACUAGACCGCGGAAGUAGGAUUGGAGACGACUUUGUUAAGACAAACCAGUACAAAGAGAACCAGUUUUAGCCUGUCUUCAUUAAGAGAAAUCCCCGAUCACAUUUGUAGGCGACGAUGGCUAGCUAAGGUCAUGAGUAGAAAUGCGUCAUCGGGUCGUCUCGUGCCGAACUGCGCAUGCGCCAGCUGUUAACUCAAAGGAGCUCCUUCGAUAUUAAGUUGUUUUUGACCUUAAUGAAAAUUUCACGAGGUUGAAGUAAUUACAUGUUCAACUGCUUAAAAUAUUGACUCGAAUCUAGGUUGUACCUCUAGAUUUCGAGAAUUUUAUUCAACCAAGGAAUCAUUUUUACCCUUCUGUCAUUGACUUGUCAAACCACGGCGUGGUCCGUUUCGCAAGUCUCGCGACCUUUGGGUGGAGUAAACAAAGACACACUACUGACUGAACAGGCUACCGAACCCACAAUCGACCGAAAUGUCUCAACUACAGUUGUUGCGUGUAUUUUUAAAUGAGCGUUUAAUGGCGGCUGCUGUGGAGAUUUUCGGGGCAGUUGAGAAAACGGUGGUGGAGUACGAGGAGGAGAAUGAUCGGCUACGGAGACUUCUGCGGGUCACACCGGAGAUAACACUAUGCAGAAAAGACUCCCUGCAGCUCUCUCUCGCUGUCUCUGAAGAGGAGGUUCCCUAUGAGCAGCAGCACUGUGAGAAGGAGUGGAGCCACAGUCUGGGGCAGGAGGAUCUAGAACCCACACAGAUUAAAGAGAAACAUGAGGAACUCAGGACCAGUCAGGAGGAAGAGCAGCUUCAAGGGCUGGAGCCUGAUAUCAUAGAGUUCAAAUUCACUCCUUCCUGUGUGAAAAGUGAACAUGAUCAGGAAGACCCACUUUGGUCCUUGACUCUGUCCCAAACAGUGGAGAACAGAGAGUGUGACUCUAAACUAGUGGAUCCUAAACCUUUUGGCACUGUGACCCACCUAAAGGGUUAUGAAAUGCUCUGUGACCCUCCAGAUAAUCAAAACAUUGUCUACAGCCACAGCUCAGCCUUAAGCAGCAACCCAGUAGGACUUGACAGAAGCCAACCAUUGGAUCCAAACCCACCAAUGGAGGAACACUGUUCCAAACCCAGCACCACAUCUAUAAAAACUCAUCGCUGCUGUGACUGUGGCAAAAUGUUUCCUCUCACAGCUGACCUGCAGAGGCAUGUGACUCUCGCCAAGAAGAGACUCAGCGAAUGUCACUUCUGCAAAAAACAGUACAUUUCCACCUGUAAACUGAAGGACCAUGUCCGACUCUGUCACAGUGGGAAACCCUGCACCUGCCCCUUUUGUGGCAAGACCUUCAAACAAAAAGGAAAUCUGUCCAUGCACAUGAGGAUUCACACAGGAGAGAAACCAUUUAGCUGUGGUUACUGUGGGAAAAGCUUCAAUCACAAGGGAGACCUAAGAAGACAUAUACUGACUCACACAGGAGAGAAACCGUUUAGCUGUAAUUUUUGCUGUAAGUGCUUCAAUCAGAAGGGGGACCUAAGGAGGCAUACACUGACUCACACAGGAGAGAAACCAUUUAGCUGUGGUGAAUGCGGUAAAGGCUUCAUACGCAAGGAGCACUUAACUGCACAUAUACGGAUUCACACAGUAGAGUAAUCAUCACACAGCAAAGUAAUCAUUUAUCUGCGGUGACUGUGAAAAGUGUAAAUCAUAAGGGGAAGCUGAAUAUGUAUAUACAGACUCACACAGGGGAGAUAUAAUUUAGCUGUGAUGACUGCGGGGAAAGCUUCACUCAGAAGACUAAUCUAACUGACCAUAUAUGGACUCAGACAGGAGAGAAACCGUUUAUCUGUGGGAAAAGCUUCAAUAAGAAGGGGGACCUAAUUGAGAAUAAACUCAUUCACACAGGAGAGAAAUCACAUGGAUUCUCAGUCUGUGGUAGAAGAUUCAAGACUAAUCUUCCGACACAUAAAACAAUAUCUACAAAGAAAGAAAACAGGAUGAAAACACAAAGAAUAAAGAAAAUCAGGACAAAUAUAUCUUCUGUUAGCAGAUGGGUAUAAAAAGGCAGGUUGUGGAUAACUCUUAGAAAAGAAACAAUCAUUCAUGCACUGGGUUUCAGAGAAAUAGAUACAUGAUGGAUUUACUUUGAAAAAUGCUCUUUGUAAAUAAAGUUUGAUUUAAAUAAUGGGGAUAUUAACAAACAGUAGUGCAUGUAUCAUGGUAAUCUCGCAGAUCUGCUGUUCAGAUCGGUUGAUGUUUUCACGUCAUUAGAAAUAAGAAUAUCUGGUUUGUUUUAGAAUGUCUCUCAGGGUGAUGAGAAAAUGGUCUGACCAAUGUUAUUGAUUUAUAAAAAUGUAUACUUUUCUGAAAAUAUCUCCUUCAAUCCAAGAGAGUUUCUCAUGCAGUUUUGACAUUAAUACAGCUCAAUCAUGAUAUUGUUUGAAAUGUAAUGAUACACAGUCGACUACUCACGAGUGCAGUUUGUAUAAGUGCAAACUCUGUUUUAAGUGUACUACAGUGUUUUUCCUGUCCCAAUUCAACAACAUCGACAACUCACCAGCCGGUUUAUUAAGUACGCCCAUCUAGUACCGGUUCGGACCCCCCUUUGCCUCCAGAACAGCCUGAGCUCUUUAGGGCAUCAUUCUACAAGGUGUCUGAAACAUUCCACAGGGAUGUUGGUCUGUGCUGAUGCGAUGGCAUCAACCAGUUGCUGCAGAUUGGACAGCGAUACAUUCAUGCUGCGAACAGCCCGUUCCAUCUCAUCCCAAAGAUGCUCUAUUGUGUUGAGGUCUGGGGACUGACGUAAACUGAACUUGCUGUCAUGUUCCAGGCAAUGUUUUUCCACUCAAUUGUCUAGUGUUGGUGAUCGUGUGCCCACUGGAGCCGCUUCUUGUUUUUAUCUGAUAGGAGUGGAACUCGGUGUGGUCGUCUGCUGCAAUAGCCCAUCCGUGACAAGGAUCGACGAGUUGUGUGUUCCGAGAUGCUGUUCUGCACACCAUUGUUGUACUGCGCCAUUACUUGUCUGUUUACGGCUCACCUGUUAAAUUGCACGAUUCUUGCUAUUCUUCUUCGACCUCUCAUCAACAAGCUGUUUUCGCCCAAAGGACUGCCACUGACUGGAUGUUUGUUGUUUGUCACACCAUUGACGGUAUACCCUAGUAGAGGUCGACCGAUUAUGAUUUU